GUUGAUUCUCUUGUUGUUGUGCUAUCGGCAUCCCCCUAGAUAGCACCGGGGGGAGAGAGAGAGAGAAGGGAGGGAGACAGAGAGAGAGACGUUCCAAUGACACUCGGCGACAUCGACCGCGCCAUCGAGGCGGCCGAGCUCGAUGCUUCCGGGCGUCGCAGCGAAGAAAUCGAACGGGUGGUCUCGGCAUCAUCCGUAUCAAGCUCCUCCUCUUCAGGGGCGUCGCGCCCAGGGAUGAGCCGGGUCGAGACACAGCGGGACCUGGAGCGCGACCCCACGGAGCUGAGUCGGAUCCAGACCGCCCGGAGCCAGCACAGUGGGACGGUAGGGCGGGCCAAGAGCAAGGAGUGGAAGAAGCCGCUGCCCAACUUUGGCGCCGGCAAGCCCUACCCACCACUGCUGCCGAACCAGGAGGACUACGUCGUCGAGUUUGACGGGCCCGACGACCCCCUGCACGCCCAGAACUGGCCGCUCAAGAAGAAGCUUGCCACGGCUGCCAUGCUCGGCUUCACCACCAUGACGGCCGCGUUCGGCUCGAGCAUCUUCUCGACCGCGACCCGGGCGGUAGGCGUCGAGUUCGGCGUCUCGCCCGAGGUCUCCCUCCUCGGCGUCUCCUUAUACGUCCUCGGCUUCGCGACCGGCCCGACCUUCUGGGCGCCCCUGUCGGAGCUCAAGGGCCGCCGCCUGCCCCUGGUCAUCUCCAUGUUCGGCUUCUCCAUCUUCAACACGGCCAACGCGGUGGCCAAGGACCUCCAGACGGUGCUCAUCACGCGCUUCUUCGCCGGCUUCUUCGGCGCCUCCCCCCUGGCCGUCGUCGCCGCCGUCUUCUCCGACAUGUUCGACAACCGGACGCGCGGCAUCGCCAUCACCGUCUUCUCCAUGACCGUCUUCACCGGCCCGCUGCUGGCCCCCUUCAUCGGCGGCUUCAUCACCGAGUCCCACCUCGGCUGGCGCUGGACCUCCUGGAUCGUCUCCUUCAUGGGCUGGCUCGCCUUCGUCCUCGACCUCGUCUUCCUGCGCGAGACGUACCCGCCCGUCAUCCUGAUCGACAAGGCGGCCGAGCUGCGCCGCCGCACUCUCAACUGGGGCAUCCACGCCAAGCAGGAGGAGAUCGAGGUCGACCUGCGCGAGCUCAUCACCAAGAACUUCUCGCGCCCCAUGCGCCUGCUCUUCACCGAGCCCAUCGUCACCCUCCUGUCCGUCUACAUGGCCUUCAUCUACGGCCUGCUCUACCUCUUCCUGACCGCCUACCCCUUCGUCUUCCAGGGCGUCCACGGCAUGAAGCCCGGCGUGGCCGGCCUGACCUUCUUCGGCAUGAUCCUCGGCCAGAUCGUCGCCGGCAUCACCAUCGUGCUGCAGCAGCCCUGGUACCAGCGCAAGCUGGCCGCCAACCGCGGCGUCCCCGUCCCCGAGUGGCGCCUGCCCAGCGUCAUCGCCGGCGGCGUCGCCUUCGCCGCCGGCCUCUUCUGGUUCGGCUGGUCCGGCUACCGCCGCGACAUCCACUGGAUCGUGCCCACCCUCUCGGGCCUGCUCAGCGGCUUCGGCCUCGCCUCCAUCUUCCUCCAGGCCCUCAACUACCUCGUCGACGCCUACCUCAUGUUCGCCGCCUCCGCCAUCGCCGGCAACACCUUCCUCCGCUCCCUCGCCGGCGCCGGCUUCCCCCUCUUCUCCACCUACAUGUUCGACGGCAUGGGCAUCCAGUGGGCCUCCACCCUGCUCGGCUGCGUCGCCGCCGCUCUCGUCCCCAUCCCCAUCAUCUUCUACCUUUACGGGCCCAAGAUCCGCGCCAAGAGCGCCUUCGCCCCGACCUUCCCCGCCACCAUGCCACCAGAGGAGGCGGCGGCGGCGACACCUGCUGCCCCCGGCACCCCCUCUGAGGAGGAGCGCGCCAACACCCCGGACGAGAAGGAGAUCCUGGAGGGCUCGGCCAACGCGAACUUGCCAAAGUUGGAUAAGGACGCGAGGAGUGCCGUCUAAAAAAAGAAACAUUUAAAGAGAAUUCAGAAAACCAAAGCUCUUAUUCCUUUUCGAAACCAAAGGCAUCCAUACAAGGGAAGAAUGGUUGAAGUAAAGCGGUUAUCCAUCAUUCUUAAAAGCUAGGGUCUGAGGGUUGUCGU